AUGUUUGCUGUUGUUGGUACAGAACAUGACACCAGUGUGACAAUCUCUAUCAAACUACCGCCUAAUGAAAUGGUACAAUUUGAAGGUACGACAUACAGCAAUGGCGAUAUCAUUACACUGACCAUCAACAGGUACGAAGCUGUCCAAAUAUCCUCUUCAGGUUCGUUCACUGGUACCUUAAUAAGAGCCACUGCCGACAUCGCUGUGUUUGUCGGUGCAGACUACACAUCGGUAAGAGGACGCUCUAUGGAUCACCUGGUGGAACAACUCCAGCCAUUGGAUUCAUGGGGAAUGGAUUACAUGUUGAUUCCCUUUCCAGAUCGAUCGUCAUUUGACUUGGUGAUGGUUACUGCACAAUUUGAGCAAACAACUGUUAUGUAUAACAACUCUCAGUACGUCAUAGAUGAAGCUGGAGAGAAUAUCAUCCUUAAGCUCAUGUCAGAUACACCGUCAAGACUCAGCUCAGACAAAAGGGUUUUAGUAAUGCAGUUGUCUACUAGUGUCAGCUCUGACUUUGAUGACAUUUAUGACAACGACUAUGGUGACUACUCUGACCCAAAACGUGACAAAGUUGCUUUCAGCUCCACAGAAAUUCCAAUGUCUGUUCAGAGUACUAGUAUUUCUAUUAGUUCUGAUUCCUUUGGUGUUACCUUCACGAAGUCUGUGUCUAAAGACAUCAAUGAUUUAUGGAGUGUUGAAUCUGAGCAGUAA